AUGCAGAACAAGAAGCUGAACGUCGAAGUGCGCACAGAGCGUGCACAUAAGACUAUGGCGAUGUUAGAGGAGCGGUACCGCAACUCAAACAAGGAACCCAUACACUUCCAACUCCUUAAAGUACAAAGAUACCAAGCACUUAUGUACUACGGACAACAAGCACAGGUGGAUGCUCUCAUCAAGGCAGACAAGCAACCUGAUGGAAGUGAGGGGCACUUAUCAGAUAUAGAACACACUAAGUUUCAUACUAUGACUGAGGCAAGCAUAAGAGCGGAGUCCAAGGUGCAAAGAGACCGAAUGCCAAGGGAACAGUUGCGAGUGCAGAACAAGCGUCAAAACACGCAGACAACCAACCACGCUGAGAGUAAUAACGGUGCACCCAAUCAAACCAAACCAAUAGGACAAGCCCAAGAGAAGAAAGGGGAACGCGAGGAGCGCGCAUGUCCUUAUUGUAAGGUGAUGCCAGCCCCACAUCGCUUCAGUCAAUGUCCCAUGAAGGCGUCGAAUCAGACCACGCAGGCUGAGGAGCGUGUUUGA